AUGCUCGUCGACAACGUGAUUCCAGCAAUCCGAGCGAAAUGGCCGGCUGGAGAAACGAAGUGCGUGAACAUCCAACAAGACAACGCGAGACCGCAUGUGUCCGCCAAGGACCCAACUGUGGCUGCAGCGUGCAAGGCCGAUGCGUGGGACAUGGAGAUUGUGUGCCAACCACCGAACUCACCCGACAUGAAUGUGUUGGAUCUAGUAUUCUUCCGCGCCAUUCAGACCCUACAAGAGCGUCACAACUGUCGGACGGUGCAAGACGUUGUGGCCGCCACAGAGGCUACGUGGAACGAAGUCAGCAUGGAGACGCCGGACAGCAACUUCAUGACGCUGCAGUCGUGCCUACAAGAAGUGAUCAAGGCUGCCGGUGACAACAACUACAAGAUCCCACACAUGGGAAAGAAGAAGUUGGCCUUAGCCGGAAAGCUGCCCGAGACUGUCGCAUGCGACCCUACUGUGUUCAAUGACGGCUGCACCCGACUUGGUGAAGAAGACAUCGACAAGAGACUCCGAGUCCUAUCGCAAGAAAUUGCGGAGGCCUUGGAAAUGGCGGAAAUUUGCAACCUGCUUGAGGACAUGGGAUUGUGA